AUGGAGGCAAUCGUUUUAGACAAUUUUUUCUCUUCAGAUGAAUAUUUGAUAUGUACCGUUGACCCUUGCCUAAAUGGCGCUACAUGCAUCGCGGAUCGGUGUUUCUGUGCUCCUGGUUGGGCUGGCGUUCAUUGUGGAACAGACGUGGACGAGUGUGCAUCCAAUCCCUGCAGGAACAGAGGAACGUGCUCACAAGCUAUCGGCCAGUACAGCUGUGCAUGCCCUCCAGGCUUCACUGGAAUUAACUGCGAAACAAAUAUAAACGACUGCGCAGGUCUGCCUUGUUUGAAUGGAGGACAUUGUAAUGACCAGAUCAAUGGAUUCAACUGCAGCUGUACACCUGGUUACGUCGGCCCCUUAUGUCAGACGGAUAUCAAUGAGUGUGCGUCUAACCCUUGUAUGAACAACGCCACAUGUUUGGACCAGAUUGCCCAGUUUUCCUGUGUCUGUCCUGAAGGAUUCACCGGCACACUUUGUGAACACAAUAUAAAUGAGUGUCUUCCAAAUCCCUGCCAAAAUGGAGGUGUAUGUGUGGACAUGGUUAACGGCCGUACAUGCGUGUGCCACUCCGGGUACACGGGGACGAACUGCGAGAUAAACGUUGAUGACUGCCUCCAAAACCCUUGUUUGCACGGGGGUACAUGCCUGGACGGAGUUGGAAUGUUCACGUGUACGUGCGUGCUAGGAUAUACAGGCGGAACGUGCGAGAAGGAUAUAAACGAAUGUGAGUCGGAUCCUUGCCUUAACGGUGGUCUGUGUUUGGAAGGUAUAGACGUUUAUAACUGUACAUGUCCUGGUUAUCAGGAUGCCCACUGUGGAACAGACAUCAACGAGUGUGAAUCACGCGUCUGUCAAAAUAAUGGGACAUGUGUGAAUCUGGUUGGCUCGUUUCAAUGCAACUGUGCUCCAGGAUACAUCGGCACAUUGUGCCAGAUUGAUGUGAACGAGUGUUCCUCACAGCCUUGUUUAAACAGUGGAGUGUGCAUGGAUGGAAUCAAUCGGUAUAACUGCACUUGUCCUCUUGGGUAUGCCGGAACUAACUGCGAAUUUGAUAUUCAGGAGUGCUCGUCUUCCCCGUGCCUUAACGGAGGGACAUGUGAAGAACAUAUCGGAUACUACACGUGCACUUGUAUUCCCGGCUUUACUGGAACCAACUGUGAACACGAUAUUGACGAUUGUUUAGGAAUCGACUGUCAGAACGGCGGCACGUGCGAAGACGGUGUUAACAACUUCCGGUGUUUCUGUCCUGCUGGUUUUACCGGGGAAAGAUGCCGAACCGAAACGACCGAAUGUUCGCCAGAUACAUGUCAAAAUGGAGGUACUUGUGAGAAUUUGGAGGCGGCGUUUCAGUGUCGGUGUGCAUCAGGAUAUACCGGAACAUUUUGUGAAACAGAGUAUUUGAAAUGUGGCAUUGACCCCUGCUUAAAUGGCGCCACAUGCAUCGCGGAUGGAUGUUUCUGUACUCCUGGUUGGACUGGCGUAUAUUGUGAAACAGAUAUAGACGAGUGUGCCAGCCUGCCUUGUUUGAAUGGAGGACGUUGUAUGAACCAGGUCAAUGGAUUUAACUGCAACUGUCAACUUGGUUACGCCGGUUCCAUUUGUCAGACGGAUAUUAAUGAGUGUGAGUCUAAUCCUUGUCUGAACAACGCUGCAUGUUUGGACCAGGUUGCCAAUUUUGCCUGUGUCUGUCCUGAAGGAUUCACCGGCACUCUUUGUGAACACAAUGUAAAUGAUUGUGUUCCGAAUCCCUGCCAAAAUGGAGGUGUAUGUGUGGAUAUGGUUAACGGCCAUACAUGCGUGUGCCACUCCGGGUACACGGGGACGAACUGCGAGAUAAACGUUGAUGACUGCCUGCCAAAUCCUUGUUUGCACGGGGGUACAUGCCUGGACGGAGUUGGAAUGUUCACGUGUAGGUGCGUGCUUGGAUAUACAGGCGAAACGUGCGAUACAGACGUUGAUGAAUGUCGGUCAAAUCCCUGCCGAAAUGGUGGACUGUGUUUGGACUCAGUCAACAGUUUUACAUGCAUAUGUCGAGCUGGAUUUACCGGAGGAAUAUGUCAGACAGACAUCAAUGAGUGUGAAUCAGGCCCAUGCCAACAUAACGGGACAUGUGUGAAUCUGGUUGGCUCGUUUCAAUGCAACUGUGCUCCAGGAUACACCGGCACAUUGUGUCAGAAAGAUAUUCAGGAGUGCUCGUCUUCUCCGUGCCUUAAUGGAGGAACAUGUUCAGAACACAUCAGAUACUUCACCUGCAGUUGUAUUCCCGGUUAUACUGGAACCAACUGUGAACACGAUAUCAACGAGUGUCUGCCAAUGCCAUGCUUUAACGGUGGAACUUGUGUAGAUGAAAUCAACCGCUACACGUGCAUAUGUCGAGCGGGCUUCACUGGCACAAAUUGCGAAGAAAACAUCGACGAAUGUGCGUCAAGCCCCUGUAGUAAUGGGGGUCUGUGUGUAGAUCGGAUCAACUCGUAUAUUUGUGUGUGCGUUCAAGGCUACACAGGGGAGUCUUGUCAGACUGAUAUAAAUGAGUGUGCGUCUGACCCCUGUCCAGCCUCGGUCCCUUGUGUGGAUCUGGUGAAUUCCUUCAGAUGUGAUUGCCCCCAAGGUUAUACAGGUCCAUUUUGCACGAUACCGGUUGACGUGUGCGAUUCAAGCCCAUGUACAAACAAUGGGACGUGUGAAGUGACGAACAUCCCUGACGCUGGGUACGUUUGCACAUGCGCAGCGGGAUUUACCGGAACCAAUUGUCGAACCAACAUUGACGACUGCCUAUAUGGAAAGUGUGCAGCCUUUGCGACUUGUCAGGACGGAAUCAACUCUUACGUAUGCAUUUGUCAGUCUGGUUUUACUGGCACGUUCUGCACGGAAAACAUCAACGAGUGUACAGCCACUCCUUGUUUGGACAAAAGCAUGUGCGUGGAUACCAUUGGCAGCUAUUAUUGUAUAUGCCGUGAGGGCAUGACGGGUCUUCAUUGUGACACCCCUACGGUUGGAACAUCAUCGGUGUGUCUUUCGUCAGACGAUUGUGGUUCUCACAAGACGUGUGUAGAUCAAGAA